CUUUGUUUUUGGUCUCGGUCUGGACUAGUCUCUAGGUCUUGAUACUCCCUAGUCUAGGUCUUGGUUUAGGUGGUCUUGACUACAAGUCUAUUACCAAAAGGGAAAGACAUCAGCGGUGGUUUAAGAGAAAUGGCUGUUGCUGCGUACCGAUCUAAAAACAUUAAAGGCAGCUGUCAAUCAUCCCAGACGUCCCGAUGCAUUUACCUCAAGAUCAGAGGAAUCGUAUAACACACAGCCACCAGACCUCAGAGUAGGCGUUCAAGUCCAGGACAGCAGAACCAGAAGACCGGACCGGGGCCGCUGGUUCUGGACCAGGUUCCAGGAGGAACCAGGACCAAGACUGAGGUCUGUGGAGACGUGAAGGUCCAAAACCUCGAUGACCUGAAGUAACGAUGGACCAAAACUCGUCCAGAACCAUGAGGGUUCCUGGUGAAGCGGGGGGCGCUGUCGGGCCGCCGGCAGCAGCCGUCAUGGUGAAGGUGUUCCGGAGUCCGGCCCGUCACGGCUACGCGGUGGAGACGUCACCGUUCCUGCCCGGCAGGCUGGCCCUCGCCGCCGCGCAGUACUACGGUAUCACAGGUUGUGGUUCUCUGCUGGUCCUGGAUCAGACGGACGACGGCGUCGCUUUAGUACGGAGCUGGGACUGGAGCGACGGCCUCUUUGACGUGUCCUGGAGUGAAGCCAACGAGCACGUCCUGGUCGGGGGGGGCGGGGACGGCAGCCUGCAGCUCUGGGACACGACCAAUCAGGACGCUCCGCUGAGGGUGGCCCGGGAACACACGCAGGAGGUUUACUCCGUGGACUGGACUCAGACCAGAGGAGAAAACCUGAUCGUCUCCGGGUCCUGGGACCAAACCGCCAAAGUGUGGGACCCGGCCCUGGGCAGAUCCCUGUCCACCCUCAGGGGUCACCAGGGGGUCGUCUACAGCACCGUCUGGUCCCCUCACAUCCCAGGAUGCUUUGCUUCAGCCUCAGGUAAACCUCCAGGUCUCUGCUGGUUCCCACGGGUUCCCACGGGUUCCCAGAACCAGUUCAACGUCUCUCUCUCCACUGGUCAUGUAAAGACUGCACUAGAGCUAGAGCUCCCGCUGCAUUUCUGA